AAUGGUGGCUAUCACGGUCACACGGCGUGUUUACAAAAUAUAGAAUUUUGGUAGGAACAACAGGUGCUAUAUACCCACGUUCCUGGCCGAUAUGAAUGAGACCCCCACUGCGGACAACGAGAAGCGACCCCAAUUCGGAACUCGCCUGCUCACGGACGCGGACGACGUCUUCAAGCACAAUGCUUGGUAAAUAUGGGAUGCAAAUCCUACGGAGAUUGGCCAGCAAAACUUGGGAGCACACUCGCCAGCGUAAGAAACCAGCCGGAGCGGGCAGCCGGGUGCUCACCGAUGUGCGAGAGGUGUUCGAGUUUAAUGCCUGGGACCACGUGCAAUGGGACGAGGAGCAGGAACUGGCCGCCCAGGCGGCGGUGGCCAAAAACUCGGCCAGCAAGAUGGAGGCUGAGCAGAAGGACCGAUUCCAAUCGGAUGCACCCAAGUUCUGGGACUCCUUUUACGGCAUUCACGACAACCGCUUCUUUAAGGAUCGCCACUGGCUCUUCACAGAGUUCCCAGAAUUAGCUCCUUUGACCACUGAUGCGGCGGAGCAGCAACCCCGCCGCAUCUUCGAACUGGGCUGUGGAGUCGGUAACACUAUUUUACCCCUCUUGCAGUACAGCUCUGAGCAGAAGCUAAGGGUUUCCGGUUGCGAUUUCUCCGCCCGGGCCAUUGAAAUCCUGCGGAGUCAACCCCAGUUCGACGAGAAGCGCUGCGAGGUGUUCGUCAUGGAUGCCACGCUGGAUCAGUGGCAGGUGCCCUUUGAGGAGAACUCACAGGACAUUAUCGUAAUGAUCUUUGUGCUGUCCGCCAUUGAGCCGAAGAAAAUGCAGCGGGUGCUGGACAACUGCUAUCGCUACCUUCGACCAGGUGGCAUGCUACUCUUCCGGGAUUAUGGCAGAUAUGACCUGGCACAGUUGCGCUUCAAAAGCGGCAAGUGUUUGGAGGACAACUUCUACGUGCGCGGCGAUGGCACCAUGGUGUACUUCUUCACGGAGGAGGAACUGCGGGGCAUGAUGACCAAAGCGGGGCUGAAGGAGGAGCAGCUCAUUGUGGACCGCAGGCUGCAGGUCAACCGCGGUCGGGGCUUGAAGAUGUACCGCGUUUGGAUACAGACAAAGUUCAGGAAACCGCUUUAGUACAUUUAGUUUCUAGUUUGCAUAAGAGAAAAAUUGAGUAGUGAAAAUGGCACUUGGCAUUGCAUUAAUAAUAUAUAUAUAUAAUAAUCACUGUUACUAA